GGAGACGGGAGAGAGACACCACACACACGGCACAAGAUGGCCGGAGAGGCAGCAGCACCCCGAGCUGUCAGGCGCUCCGCUGCGGUGGCGGCGGGAUGCGGACGGCCCGGCGAGGAGCCGCGCCUGGCCCGCCGGGGGCUCUCGCAGGGCGCGGUGGUGGGGCCCGCAGAGCCCCGGCGCAGCGAGCGUUUCCGGGGGCCGCGGAGGAAAGGCGAUCGGGUCGGAGGGGGGGCGGUAGGCUGUAGCCGUGGCUGCCGCGGCCGCUGCGGCACUCGCCCGAUGCGGACUCCGUCCCUGGCGCCCUCGGCCCUGGGCCGGGCGCGGGAGGUGCGGCGGGGGUCUUGGCCCGUCGGGCGCGGGGGAGGCCGGCCGCGAGGAGGAAAGCUCGGGGCUCGGGGUCCCUGCUGCCCGCGGACCGGAUAAUACACAGAACUUCAGCUUGAUGGUUCCAAAGAAAUUGAAAGCUUAUUAGAGGUACAUGCUUCAUUUCUGAAGAUUGAGAUGGCUGAAGGGUAGCCAUUGAAAUAAAAAGGCAUCUUUGAAAAAGCCUUGUUUUUUGUGCAGCAGCACCCAGUCAACUUGAAGAGUCUCAAAUGGAGCCUACCCUGAGAAAAUCAAGAUGGCAGUUCACUGUGGAUUGACAAUUUAAGGAAAAUGGAUUAAUGAAAGUGUGCUGUGAUAUAUUCAACCAAGACAGGGGUGUUUUAACAUGGAUCCCAUGCAUUCAGUGAAGAUCUAGGUUUCUGAUCACCUAAGAAAAAUGGACAAUGGAUUUGAUAUUCAACAGACUUUUUGUAUCAUUCAAGGCCAAAUAGAUUCUGGACAUUUUCAAGAAAAAUUAUUAAAAAUAUAACCAGAAAAUAGAGGAGACAAAUGAUUUUUGAGAAGUCACUUGAUUGUAUAAAGUUGUAUGUGUUCUUAAUUUUAAUAAAAUUUGUAAUAUUUCUACA